CGCUCGUUUCGUCAACUCGCUGUGGAGGAAAAAUUGGACAAAUGCCGGAUGAAGAUGAGUCUACUGAUCGUUCACUUCGUGUAAUGAUUGGCACAUAAAACUCUUUCCGCCGGCAUGACGCCUUGGUGAGGACUCCAAGACUCGUGAAGAGAGACGGCGCAGUCCUUUCUGAUGAAAAAGGGCCGGGACGAAAUAGGCAAGAGGAGAAGCUCGGUGCUGAUUAUUGUUUUCAUUUAGUUCCUUAUAAGAGGUGAGAUGUAUCCAUUAAGAGGGAAGACCAGGUAGGCGGUUUUGGAUCUACAACCCAAAUUACGUCCUGAUGGCUUCUUUCAGUUUGGCCAGGCACCUUCGCCAGGCGAUCCUCCUUGCGAUCUGGUUCUUGGCUUUCGUCUUUGCAUCACCGUUGGAGAAGCGAGCUACUCAAGUGUCCUUGAUCAACUACAAUUUCCAAAACAAUGUACUCUCUGGAUCGAUCAAUGUAUGUUCAUCCCUGUCAAUUCUUAUGAGAUAUUAGUCUAAUCAUAUCAUAAUUAGAUUCAAAAUCUUGCCUUUGCAAAGGUAGUCAACGUUGUCUAUGCUGUAGGCAACACAUGGACUACUUCACAAAGCAUUCCGGCUAGCUUCUCAGCUGCAGGCUCAAAUGGUUAUGAGACCUGGACAUUCUCCGGAAAUGCCAAUGGGGCAACUCAAUUCUACAUCAAGUACGAUGUGAGCGGUUCAUCGUAGGUUUCCAAACUCAAAUUACUUAAUGAACACAGCUGACUAUGCAAUAGAUACUACGACCCUGGAAAUAACGUCAACCACCAGAUCAGUGGAAGCUCACCGCCCCCUUCCACAACUAGUACUCCUCCUCAGGCUCCUACUAGCCCACCACAACCACCCACCACUCCAUUGCCUCCUGGAGCUCCACCUUCACCAAGUCAGCCACCUUCCAUCAUCCCAGCCAACAUCCCAAGCGAGAGUCCCGCCACUCCACCAACUGGAUGUGGAAACUGGAAUGGAGGAGACAGCUGUCCAAACGAUGGUACCUCCGCAUUUGCAGCCUCAUCAGAAAGCCGUCGUUGGCAGACUCCACCUAGUGGUGGUCCAGGAUACGAUCCAAGUUUCGGUUCCUACCGCGACCUGGUCGGUUACGCAGACAUCCAAUACAACUCAGGUCGAACAUCAGCCGUUGUUGUCAUUAACGCUGCUUCAAGAACCGGAGAAACAAUCUCGUACGCGUUCAACGGGGGUGCUGCACAGUCGAGCAACUCUUUCCAAGUGACAAACAGCUUUUCCAAUGCCCUUUCUAUGAGGCUUUCGACACCAAGUGGGAAGACACUUACUUUGGAUCCAAUCAACUUUGUUUGGCAAGCAGCUCCUCUUACUGCUGCUCAGAGCACUUUCCAGAAUGGCCAGAAGGGUGGUAUCGUUGAGCUUUUUGGAUGGCCUUGGGUUGAUGUUGGAAGGGAGUGCGCCUUCUUAGGCAGAGCAGGAUAUAUGGGUGUCAAGAUUUGGCCUCCAAAUGAGCAUGUUUGGGGAUCUCACUACGUAAGUCUUGUGAUUCAUUCAUAACACACAAGUUAUCUAACCAUAACCCAUCUAGUACGAGCCAGACAAGCAAUUCCGCCCAUGGUACUUUGUCUACCAACCAGUCAGCUACAAACUCCAAUCUCGAAGCGGUACCCGCGCAGAGCUUCGCACCAUGAUUCAAGCCUGCAGAGCUGCCGGAGUGCGAGUCUACGCCGACGCAGUGGUAAACCAUAGUAAGUCCUCGCUUACCAACUUCCCCCUAAACAUCCCACUACACCAUCAAAAACAAAAAUGAAAAAACACAAGUACUAACUCCAACCCCCAGUGGUCGGCCAAGGAACAGACGUCCAGAACCAUCGCAACUCAGACUGCUCAACAUACAGCGGCCACAACGCAACCGCCAACUCCCCCUACUACACAUCAGGCAACACCUUCGCCCUCAACCCACAAACCGGCACCCGUCCCACCAUGGAAUUCCCGGCCGUACCAUGGGGACCAACAGAUUUCCACUGCGAGCGCUCCAUCAGCUCCUGGACCGACAUGAACCAAGUGACGAAAGGGUACCUAGUUGGCCUCAUAGAUCUGAACACCGAGAAGCCCUACGUCCAAGAUCGAAUCGCAAGUUACCUCGUAGACUUGCUCUCCAUCGGGUUCUCAGGGAUGCGCUUCGACGCUGCGAAACACAUUGGAUCGGAGUCUAUGGCGGCCAUUCUGGCAGUUGUCAGGAAGAAGAUGGGUGGAAGUAUGCCUCCUGAUUUCAUUGCUUGGAUGGAAGUCAUUCUCGGUGGUGAAGCGGCGGUUCUUGCCUGCGACGGGGGACGAGAUAGUUGGUACACGAACUUCGAUCGCUUGCUUUCCGCUCAGGGCUUUACCUCUUCCGAGAUCUCUCAAAUCAAGGUCUGGAGUUCGGAUUAUCCCAAGGAACAUCCUAUCUGUGGAAACUGGCAGAUUCCACCAUCCCGGUUCGCCAUUCAAAACGACGACCACGACCAACAGAAUCCCGUAAGUCCCCCUUCCCCCAUACAUUUCGCCAUCCCAUCUCCUACCUCUCUAGUCACUAACACAAAACAGGGCUCCUCCUCCCGGGACAUGCAAUCCUUCGGCUCGGUCCUCAUCCGCGAAAAAGACAUCCCCAAGCACCGCAACUUCGAAGUGAACCUCUUCGCACGCCGCGACAACGACUGGUGGAUCAAGCUCGUGCUUUCCUCCUACUACUUCAUGGACAACGGGGGAUCCGGGUUCCCAGACGGGUUGUCGGAUUGUUCUUUAUUCACGGGCGCGGGACCUAGAGGUGAUUGUCUGGGUAUGCCCAAGGAUACGGCGUUUGUGGAGAGCUCUUGUGGGUAUACGACGGGUCAGGGGAAGUAUACGAGGGUCCAUCGUGAUUUGAGUAUUGUUAAUGCGAUGAGGGCGUGGGUUGGUUUGGGAGCUACUAGUGCUAGUGCUUUGGGUAUCCCGGGGUGUACAUAGGAUUCUCGGGGAGGUGGUAUUUGGGCGAAGGGGAGGGAAGAG